CUGCUGCUCAGUGUUCAGUUUCCGAUACUAACAUGGCAUCAAGGGGUGAAUUAUUGUCAUCAAAAUCCACGACACUGUGUAACGAGUGCUCGGGCAUCGUCUUUGAUGACGCCCAGGGAGAUGCCCGCGAUGCUGGUCACUGGAAGCGAAAAGACAGGUAUCCAGCCAGAUCUACCAAUAUUUCGCAAGUCGGCUGCAGCGGGCUGUAUACCUUUUGCGAGUAUCUCUGUUUCGUGGUCGAAGAGAAGCUCCCAAACAAAGCCCCUUCGCAUCACGUUGCAAAGUUCUACAGCGAAAGAUGUUGUAGCAAAGCUCUCCUCGCCUAUGCUAUCGGAAAUCAUCGACGUCACGCGCGAUUGGAUGCCCGACGAUUAUGGCAUCGAACAAGACGGGAUCUACUGGCUCGACUUCAGGUUCGAGUCUGAUGCAUGACGUGAUGGGCCAUGGUCUGUCUGAUGGGUGGAAAGUGCGGGCUAUCGCGUAUCAAGGAGAUGAUGAACAUGUUGCAAAUACUCUCGGUAUUGAGCUCAAACUCCCUGUUUCGGAUGCUCUUGAUUCGUCUUGUAUCAAACGACUCAAAGACAGGGUUUGGGGCUGUGCAAGCAAUCACUCAGGAUGUUAUUACUCUUCAGAGCCAAGGAGUCUUCCCACUCGACUUAUCAAGGUGGGACAGAUAGACGAUGAUAUGGCACGCUUAGUCAUUAGCGAUGGUCUUCCUUCGACAACAUCGUACAUUGCUUUGAGCUAUUGCUGGGGCCCGCCAUCCGUCAGCAAGCCACAGCUCAUCACGACUGCUGCCACUCUUGCAGACCGCCAGACAAAGAUCCCACUCCCAGAAAUGCCAGAGACAAUCAGAGAUUCAGUAGUGUUUGCGCGUCAUAUGGGAAUCAAGUAUAUUUGGAUCGAUGCACUUUGCAUCAUCCAAGACGAUGCUGAAGAUUGGGCCAAAGAGGCCGCACUCAUGUUUGCCGUAUAUCGGCAUGCUACCCUCACCGUAGUAGCAGCCGCAGGUGAUACUUCUCACUCAGGGUUUCUCCAGAGGAGUAGAGCUGGACCUUCGGUUCUGGUCCCAUUCCAGUCUAACAAGAAAGAGGCUAAGGUGUCGGGCACGUACGUCCUAUCAGGCCUCAAUGAACACCGGACCUGGGAUGCCGAUUAUACAAGCCAUAUGCACAACCGCGCAUGGGCCACGCGGGCUUGGACUUAUCAAGAAGAUCUAAUGUCUACUCGAGUGUUAUAUUUUGACAAUCAUACAUCCUACUUUCGUUGUCAGUCGGAACGACGUCUCGAACAUAGCACCAAAGUUUACGACAACGUCCAAAGCUGGCAUCAUCUGCUCUCUCCAGCAUCGAAAGACAUCAACUCUCCUGAGGCAAGAGGAAGAAGGGAAAGUCUUUAUGAGAGAUGGAAAGAUCUGAUUAUCGAGUAUACUAGACGCAAGCUUACCGUUUCUAAUGACAAGUUUUCGGCUUUGUCUGGUUUAGCUCGCACUUUCAGCUCGGCACUCGGAGACGAAUACGUGGCUGGACUUUGGAAGAGUGAUUUGGUACGAGGAAUGCUGUGGCAGACCGUUAUGCAGCCGUCGACACCGAAAGUGUGGAGAGCGCCAUCCUGGAGCUGGGCGUCCAGUGACGCAGAAAUCGGAUGGGACCUGAGAUUCUCACUGCCUCUCAUUCAGCAGUGCAGCAUCGAGUAUAUUCAGAUUGAAGCUGCGGGCUCAGAUUCUUUUGGAAGACUUCAGAGCGCCUGGAUCAUCCUCUGCGCUGUCUGCGUCCCGGUGAUUCUGAGGCCGGUGCAACAGGCCGAAAAUAACCAGGACACGCAUCUUGCGGAGGUUCUCUUCCAUGAAGGAGGGAAGGUCAUGUCACAUGGAUCUUUGGAUGCUGUGGCGCCCUCGGGGCUGAGAAACGACGACACCUUCAAGCUGGCUGACUUUAGCCAAGCUGCUGAAAUCACCGACGUGUCCGCGGUAGUCCUCGCCCUACGCUGCAUCACCCUUAGUCUUGAUGGGAAGUCGGGCGAGAGGAACUUUUCAUCACCAUCAUGCCCAACUGGGCUUUUGGUGAAGAGCAUUCCAGAAAAAAGAGAGAGAGUUGACUCGCUUCCGAUUUACCAGCGACUUGGAACAUUCAGAACGGAGACAAAGGAACAAGCCGAUGAGUGUUGACGCUAUCCCAGUCUCGCCUGAAGUUGAUAUGAUUUCUCGAAUUUUUAGAAGGGAUGAUAUAAGUAAUUUCUAGUCAAUUGUGCUUGUUUAUUUUUAAUAUUAUUUACAGAAG